AUGUCCAAACUACAGUGGUUGAAUGUAUUCCUCACCGAGCGGCUAACAGCAGCUGCUAUGGAGAUUUUUGGGGCCGUGGAAAGAAGAAAAAAAAACGAUACUCGAGUACCAGGAAGAGAUCAUCCGUUUGAGACAGGAGAACAGUCGCCUACGGAGUAAUAACGCGGUGAUCCAACCAGAGAAGUUACCCCCAGACCCCCAGCAGCAGCAGCUCACGGUCUCCGUCUCUGAAGACGUUCUCCUGGACUUGAAGGAGCAGAGCCAGAGGUGGAGCCCCAGUCUGGGGCAGGAGGACCCAGAACCCACACAGAGUCAGACAGAGAAGGAACAGGACCCCAGGACCAGUCAGGAGGAAGCACAGCUACAACAACUGGAGUUUGAUAUCAUAUUGACUCCUGUCUAUCAUGUGGAAAAUGGCUUUGAGCAGGAACAACCUCAGCCCUUACACCUUGACCUGCCACAGACUGCUACUCAGAUCAAAUCAGAAGCUAAUGAAGUAAAAUGUAAUACAGACUGCACUUCAUGGGAGAAACUUGGCCAAGAUGGGUAUAAAUAUCCUCACACCCAACCAUUCCACCAGCUCACCAUGGACUUGACAGCCCAGCAACUCCACCAGCUCACCAUGGACUUGACAGCCCAGCAACUCCACCAGCUCACCAUGGACUUGACAGCCCAGUAACUCCACCAGCUCACCAUGGACUUGACAGCCCAGCAACUCCACCAGCUGAGGUAUCAAACGCGCAGAUCUACAGAGCUGUCAUGAAUCUGAGCCAUAUGACGGCUCGGGUGAAAGAUGACUUGAACUGUGUGGUUGGAGGUCUAAAAUUGGAAAUAGGAGGUCUGAAAAAAGAAGUCGGAGGGCUGAAAGAACACGUUGUCUCACUGAGAGACUCUCUUGAAAGAGAUGUUCAUCAGCUUGGCCCGGUACCGGCUAAGCGGAAGCGGGCCAGAAGCUCGCUAGUAGCAGAAACAGUGAGGCGGCUCCAUAAUUCCGUGGUGAAUCUGGUACACAGAUACCAGCCUAAGGAUAAAGUAAACUCCCCACACAACAAGAUGGUUUCCGCCUAUCUGAUUAGAGAGGCAUCCAAGGAAAGUUUGGGUGUGACUCAUGAUGUGCUCAGGGCUGCCAGUGUGACCUACUAUGAAACAGUCCGGCGGAACUUCCUGAUGCAGUUGCCAGAGAACCGUAAGAAGAGUGAAGAUACACGCAUCGACAAGCGAUGGCGCUCGAGGAGGAAGCGGCUGCUGGAUUCCAGAACUGCGAUGCUCCAGAGUCACGAGGAGAAGGAUCUUUGGGAAGGAGUGACAUCGGAGUUGAUGUCAGAUGAGGAAGACACCAUGGUGGAUGAUAAGCUGGUGUGGCUGGUGAAGCCUCCAGCGUUCCGGAGCAUGGAGCUGAGUGAGUUGUGUGCGGUGCUCCAGAACAGGCUUGAUAAGCACCCAAAGACAAAAGCACUGCCACGCACCCCCCGCCUCCCCAGUGGCUUAAUGUCUAUGAGGGAGCCUCCAAGGACCUUCCACCAGGACAGACAUGCACAGGCAGAUUUAAUAGAAGAACGCACCCCCUUAAUGCCGUCUGCUGGAGACAAUCAGCGAUUCAAUAGCCCUGGAGUGACCCUCUUAACUGUCAAAGAGGAGGAAGAGAUGGACUGA